AUGAUUGCUCUCUGUCAGAUUCGCUCGCCACCAGCUCGUUGGAAAACCUUUGUAGCGAAUCGCGUUUCAGAGAUCCAACGCCUGACGGUCGGCGGAACUUGGGCUCAUGUACCCGGUGCUGAAAACCCCGCGGACAUUAUCUCGCGUGGUAUGAGCCCCGCGCAACUGAAAGAUACGCCAGCCUGGUGGAACGGAUGCCAGUGGCUAAGUCAACCAUCUCGUUUCUGGCCUCCCAUCAACCGUCCUAUCCCCGAGGAUCUACCUUCUACCGAGCUCGAGGAACGCUCGGUCUCAUUGCCAGUGCAAGCCACACAAUCCAGCGAAAUAUUCGAGUGUCGCUCAUCGUUCUCCAGUCUAGUUCGGGUAGUUGCCUUUCUACACCGCUUCCGGCACAAUGCUUCGCCUCGAAAUCGAACGGCUCGAAAGGUCGGGCCUCUCAGCACCUUGGAGCUGAACAAUGCUACCAAGACGCUCGUAAAACUUGCUCAACACGAAGCCUUUGGAGCAGACAUUCUCGCCAUCACAUCCAAAGGACAAGUCAGCUCCCAUUCUGCCUUGAAAAACCUCGCUCCCAUCCUUGUUGAUGGGAUUCUUCGUGUUGGUGGUCGUUUACGUCACGCAGCUAUUUCCGAGGACAGGAAACAUCCUAUCAUCCUUCCAGCUCGCCAUACACUUACAGAACGCAUUCUGGUUCACUACCACCUGAAAAAUCUUCACGCCGGCCCACAACUUUUGGUAGCCUGCGUGCGGGAGAAAUAUUGGCCUCUUCGAAUCCGAAACUUGGCUCGGAAGGUUGUACACUCCUGUGUGAAUUGCUUCCGCUGCAAACCCACCAAUCUCGAACAGCUAAUGGGGGACUUGCCCCCUGAGAGAGUGACACCAACUCUACCGUUUUUGAACACUGGUGAAGAUCUGUGUGGGCCCUUCCAGUUUCGGAAGCUGCCUAGAGCCCCUCCUGUCAAAUGCUACGUGGCUAUUUUCGUUUGCCUUGUCACAAAGGCUGCCCACGUAGAACUUGUGUACGACCUUAGUACAGCUGCAUUCCUGGCGGCGUUGCAACGUUUCGUCGCUCGCAGAGGGCGACCUAGGCUUAUCCAGUGCGACAACGCCACAAAUUUCAAGGGAGCAGCAAAGGAACUGGCACAACUACGCAAGCAGUUCUAUGAUCAGCAACAUCAGGCAGAAGUAAUCAGCACGUGCGCAGAUGAUGGCACCGAAUUCAGGUUCAUCCCGCCCCGCAGUCCCAAUUUUGGGGGAUUGUGGGAGGCGGCGGUGAAAUCGUUUAAGAAGCAUCUUCGGGCCACUAUUGGAAAUUCGGUGCUUUCUCAGGACGAGUUUGUGACCCUGCUAGCUCGCAUCGAGGCUUGCCUGAAUUCUAGGCCAUUGACUGCGCUCUCGGCCGACCCUAACGACCUGGAGGUCUUGACUCCGGGACAUUUUCUCGUUCAUCGGCCUCUCACCGCGUUUCCUGAGCCCAACCUGUCCGAAGUACCGAGGAACCGCCUCGACCGGUGGCAGACGAAUCAGGAACUACUCCGACGCGUUUGGAAGCGUUGGACCAUCGAGUACCUGUCAGGCCUCCAUCCACGUACUAAGUGGACUCAACAGCGCAACAACAUUGAGAUCGGCACUUUGGUGUUGGUCAAGGAAGACAACCUCCCACCCUUGAAAUGGAGGUACGGCCGUAUCAUCCGAGUCUGCCGCGGCACGGACAACAACAUCCGUGUAGUCGUCGUGCGGACUGGCGAUGGCGAGUAUACCCGAUCAAUCUCAAAGAUAUGCGUUCUACCUGUACACCAGCCUGCAUUGAACGAUGCCGGCUCAAUCAUCCCAAACUCAGAGGACUGA